UGUUGAAACGUCACAACAUUGGAAACACGCUCCAGCGCCGGCAUAACCACCCACAGGCUCUAUAACUAAACUUUAAAAUGGAAAAUAAUCCCGCACCGCCCGAAACACCACCAUGCAACAUCGACAAGCGGCUCCCUAAUCGAACGUACAUCACAGCAUGGCGCGACAAAAACGAGUUCCGAUCGGUGUACGAAAAGAUAUUUACCUACCCAGCGGACGAUAUCGAAACGAAGGAGGAUGCCCUGCAGUGGUUAAAUAUGUGGAAAAUAAGGCAGGUGAAAAAUCUCCCCGUCUGCGUACGGUGCACGCUGCAGGUGCUCGAAGCCCAGCUGUUCGAUUUGCGCAGCCAGCGCGACGGAACGGAUGGUAAUGCGACGGAAAUUAAGAACAUGUAUGCCGGUGCCUUUACCCGGUUCAUCAACUUCCUCACCGAGAGUGGCGGUUCGCGAAAGGAAACGAUCGCCGACUCGGUACGAAAGAUCGGUAUCGAAACGUAUCUGGUCGAGUUAAGGCAUCUGUGCGCCCACCGGUCCGUUUCGAUCUCGAUCGAUGUGUUCCGCCGGUCGGCCCAGUACUGCAUGGAUUGGUUGAACCGGUCCUACUGGCAGCGGGAGCUGGCAUGUAUGGAGCCGGUCAGCGCGUGGUCGAUCAAGGGUAACAUCCUGCCGGACGAUCAGCUACCGACCCUGAGCCGCAUCCUGCGCACGUACGAUGCAGUGACGGCUGCACGCGUCCGGAAAGCGUACACGCUGGAUGCGGCCAUAUCGCGCGUGGGACUGACGGUGGACGAGGUGGAGCUGCUGGAAGCGCACGCCGAAUGGCGCAAAUCCGCCAAGCUGCGGGUGAUACAAACCCAGACGGUGGAGCAACUGCAGGCGCUGAAGCUACCGCCCAACCAGGCCACGGUAAAUGCCAUCUGUAAGGCGGUGUUCGACAACUGCACGCGCAUGUUCCAGGACGCGGAAGCGUACGGGGAGGAUCCGACCGUUCCACUGGCGGAGAUGCACAGUGCACUGUUCCGGGGCCUGGCUGCCAUGGGCUGUGUGCAGACGUUCUUCGAGCAGCUGAUCGUGAUCUGCGAACAGGACAGUUUGCAUACCGCCCCUCGCCGACCGGCCGCGUACUGGGCGCACAAGAUAGCGGCCGGAUUUCAGCUGCUGAAAGAGUUUAAGCAACACUGCAGGACAUUGCCACCGGGGCGGGUUUCUCGGUGGGGUCAGGCGCCUCGCCUUAACCUGGCCCAGCGGUGGUACGAAGAGCGGCUAAAGUCGGCUACCAGCCAUCAGCUCAUGCUGGGACUGUACGUCGAUUGCCCGUGGCAUUUGAAGCUACCCCGAACGUACGUGAUGGCGCGCCUAACGGCGAUGAACGAGUACACCAAGGAUGUAGUACCGAUAUUACUAACUCUACAGGAACCUUCACUGUCCGAUGAGCAGCUGCAGAAAAUCAAGCACCUCACACAGAUUUACUACGCAGGCAGUAACGUGAUCAGUGCCGACCCUUCCAGCAAGAAGGACAUUCCAACGGAAGGCAAGCAGGGAAAUGGUCACCAGGCUACAGGCACAAACGGGACAAAGAUUUACACCGCGGAAGAUCUUAAGGAUGCGAUCGCCAACAUACACAGCAACAAGCGUAAAGUGGCCGGCGAACCAACUGCUCCUCCGAAACGAGCCAAACAGUACGGACCGUGGACGGAACCGGAUGUAACGAUCGACUGGGGCAAAUAUCCAUUGGGAACGUGUCGUACAUGAAUAAAACUGAAAUGCUUCAGUACGUUAGUAAGAUUAAGAAGAAAAAAUAUAUAGAAAAUUAACGACCAA